UCAGUGGGAUGAAAAGAGCGCAGGUGCUUGGCCAAGAAGUCCUCAGGAGCGUCGAGUCGCCAAAGAAGCUGCACAGUGUUGUGGUAAUCGCGCCGCAGCCAGCUGCUUUCAUAAAUAUUAAGCCGUGGUGCGUCAAACAGCUUCACAAUCAUCGUCAGCCACUGAACAUGCCACCUGAUCAUCACCGCAUGAUAUAAAGAGAUGCCAAGCGAAGAAAAAAAAUAAAAUCCGGUUGGCAAUGGCGCCGUCCGAACCCGAAGCAGGGCGGCGGGAGAGCGAGCGAGACGGCGACGGCACCAAGGCGCCGACCGACGGGGGCGACGCCAACUGCAGGAAGUCGCCGAGCAAGACGAAGAACGGCAAGGCGGCCGCGGCGGCCAAGGAGAACGUGACCAGGGUGGUGGUGGUGGCGCUGACGCCGGACAGGUGCCGCGAGACGUGGAACAAGAAGGUGGAGUUUUUGCUGGCGGUCGUCGGGUUCGCCGUCGAUUUGGGCAACGUCUGGAGGUUCCCCUACAUUUGCUAUCAGAACGGAGGAGGUGCCUUUUUAAUUCCUUACACGAUUAUGUUAAUUUUUGGAGGUUUACCACUUUUUUACAUGGAGUUGGCCCUCGGACAGUUCCACAGAAGCGGCUGUUUAACCAUAUGGAAAAGAAUAUGUCCAGCGUUAAAAGGUGUUGGAUAUGCAAUCUGUCUCAUCGACAUCUACAUGGGAAUGUACUAUAACACCAUAAUCGGAUGGGCCCUCUAUUACCUCAUAGCAUCGUUCCAAACAGAGCUACCUUGGACCAAGUGCCACAACAGCUGGAACACCCCAUAUUGCAGGCCAGUGACCGAUUCGUAUUCUAAUUCGACUUUGUACAACAGUCCUGCACGGGAGUUUUUCGAGAGGGAAGUCUUGGAGCAGCAAAAAUCGGACGGCCUAAACAGGAUGGGCCCCAUAAAACCUGCACUGGCGUUGUGCGUGUUUGCCGUGUUCGUUUUGGUGUAUUUUUCGUUGUGGAAAGGAGUGCGGAGCACUGGAAAGGCAGUAUGGAUAACAGCCUUGGCCCCCUACGUGGUCCUCAUCAUCCUGCUGUUCAGGGGCGUAUCUCUGCCUGGGGCGGCCGAGGGAAUCCGCUACUACCUGACCCCCGAAUGGCACAAGCUGUACAACUCGCGCGUCUGGAUAGACGCGGCGUCCCAAAUCUUCUUCUCGCUCGGGCCCGGAUUUGGGACGCUCCUGGCCCUCUCGAGCUACAACAAGUUCGACAACAACUGCUACAGGGACGCGCUACUCACCAGCAGCAUCAACUGCUUGACCAGCUUCCUGGCCGGUUUCGUCAUAUUUUCCGUUUUGGGGUACAUGGCCCACGUGCAGAACAAGAGCAUCGAGCAGGUGGGACUGGAAGGACCUGGAUUAGUUUUUAUAGUGUAUCCAGAAGCAAUAGCAAUGAUGAGCGGUUCAGUGUUUUGGUCCAUAAUAUUCUUCCUUAUGCUCAUAACCCUGGGUCUGGACAGCACUUUUGGGGGUUUGGAAGCCAUGAUUACGGCGCUUUGUGACGAAUACCCCAAAGUUUUGGGAAGACACAGGGAAAUUUUCGUGGCGGUUCUACUUUUCGGAAUCUACAUCUGCGCAUUGCCAACUACUACAUAUGGUGGUGUUUAUCUGGUUAAUAUGUUGAACGUGUACGGUCCAGGUUUGGCCAUUUUGUUUGUGGUUUUCGUGGAAGCGGCUGGAGUUUGUUGGAUCUAUGGCACCGAUAAUUUUGCCAGAGAUAUCGAGAAAAUGAUCGGCAAAAGGCCUGGACUUUUCUGGAGGAUUUGCUGGAAAUACAUCAGUCCUGUUUUUCUUUUGGUGAUCUUUGUAUUUUCGCUUUUAAGCCACGAGGAAAUGCUGGGUACUGAGUACGCAUAUCCAGACUGGAGUUUGCUAGUUGGUUAUGCCCUUACAGCUUCAUCUUUAAUGUGCAUUCCUCUUUAUAUUAUUUACAAAUUUGCUGUAACCCCAGGAAGUCUAGUUCAGAGAUGGAAAAUGAUCUGGAAAGCUGAACAUUCGUCAGACAACAGUGCUUUGACUUACUGCGGUGGGACCGAGGUCUGACCAGAGAGUGGGGGAGUGACAAGAUCCUAUACUAUAGAGUGGUUAGUUUAGAUCUAGAUCAUAGAAAAUGUGGUAAAUAGGUAGUUUAACGCCGAGAAAAAUAUCAGCCAUAUUUUUCCCGGUCGACGUGCAGGUUGUGUUUGUUUUAGAUGUUGAAAAUAGUUUUUAAAAAUUUGAUGACAAACUUUUUUUUGUUGUCAAAUUACACCCAUAAAUGGUAAAUAGAAAUGUAAAGUUUAUGUGGUAGUUUUAGGUGUUAAAAUGUUAUGUACCCUAGUAGAAAUUUUACGUAGAAACAACGUUUUUCCCACGUUGGCAAAACCUAACUUUUAUGUAUAAUUUUAUGUUGAAAUGUCCCGGUUUAUAACGUUAUCUGACAACGUUAGUUUUUAAUGUUAUAAAAAACGUGGGAUUUACGUAUUAUACAACGUUGCUUUUAUGUAUUAUAAAACGUUGCAAAUACGUGGGUUUUGUGUAUUAUACAACGUUGCUUUUAUGUAUUAUAAAACGUUGCAAAUACGUGGGUUUUGUGUAUUAUACAACGUGGGUUUUAUGUAUUAUAAAACGUUAGAAAUAUGUGGGAUUUCUGUAUUACAAAACGUUGGAUUUUUUAAUUAUUUUGGGUAGGAUUUGUAGAAUAUUU